ACGGAACUUUUUAUCUCGAUAAAACUCGACUAGGAUUACUCUAGCUUCAAAAAGUCGCAUGACGAUAUGAAGCAGCCACUUUCACCAUGUUGAGAGCGAGAGUAUCAGGGCGGGAGUCUUCAAUAUGCGCUUUCUGUCGACAUCGGCUUUCGCUACGGCCAGCGACCCCGCGGACCGAAAAACACUUUUCAAACACAACGAUUUUGAGAGGCGAUGACGGAUGGGGCGGCGGAUGGGGAAGUCAGGUUAAGCCUCAGACGCAGUCUAAGCCGGAUGACUUUCUCUCCCCGCAUGAGCUCCUAGCACGCCAGCAGCUACUUGCGAAACAGCAAGCCCAGCAGGCUGCCGAAGCCGCGAAGCCGAAGCCAGCUAAUAAUGGCCCCCGGGCGAGAUUUAUAUGGAACGCACAAAAGCAAGAGGCGAUUGAGGAGAGCCUUCAUAGAGAUGGCAUGACUAUACAAAAAAACCCCGCCUUUAUAAGAGACAACGGGCCUAGUGAGAAUCGCGCGAGGCCGGGUGUGAUUGCUAGGCGUCCUUUGGCUUCGGGGUUCAAUUCAGGGCCUAAUUCAUCCCGUUCGCCGGAGUCCAACUAUUCCAGGAGGGAGGGAGACAGAGGGUCAAAUUCUAGAUUUCUAGGAAACAUAAUAACAAAGUACGAUGCCAAAAAUAUCAUCACACCCAACCGGGAUAUAUUUCAGAAAGUACUAUCUAUAUCCCGUGAUGAUAGGCCCGAGCCAGUACGGGCAACGAGCCAGGAUUCGGGAAUACCCAGUACAGACCAGGAUCGACAGCCGCCGCCAGAACCGACGUCCCAAGCCGCUCCGGAUAAUACUAUUAAACCAUCUCCUAAGCCAGACAACAAUUCGGGAUGGGGCUUAUUAGCACGAAAGCAAACGCCUAGUAAAUCUGAUGGUGAGGACUUUUGGGCUAUUAUGAAUAGGAGUUCUGGUGGCUUUCUAGGGCCGAAGCCUCAGAGCUCAACGGCUCCAGAGCAAGCUUCGAAAACGUCUGAUGACAAAAAUGACUUAAAUUCGACGCAGCCUCCCAAAAAGGACCCUUGGGAUGCUAUACAAAGCGACCCAGUUAAAAAAGAGACGGGAUCCGAUUUGGACGAUUGGGGGAAAGAAUUUGAUAAUGUGAAACCCAAAAGGAGAGCUAGAGCGGAAGAACCCUCGGUCGAAGAAGAUGCAGAGAAAAAGUCACAGGCUAUACCUGAAGUUAGUGUUGGUUUCCUGGGCGAGGAUCGAGACCGUGGCCGUGAUAAUCGACUGGGUUCGUUCGAUGAGGAGAGGCGAGGCGGAGGUCGUGAUAGGCGUUCACGGCGUAGUUCUAGGCGCGGAAACGACGGAGAUGACGAGGGGGGCUUUGACUACGACCAGUAUCAAGAGAAGCGUCGACAAAAGGCACAACGCAGAGCGGAACGCGAAGCUGAAAGGGCCGGUGCGGUACCCAUCUUACUGCCAGAAUUAAUCAGCAUCCCAGCAUUGGCCGAGGCAUUGAAGGUUGAACCCGAUCUAUUCUUGACUCAACUUGGCGAGUUAGGCUUCGAGGGCGUAACGCUGGACAGCCUUAUGGCAGGAGAAACAGCUGCACUUGUUGCGCAGGAGUAUGGCUUCGAGCCGACAGUCGAGUCUGGUGCGGAACAUGACCUCAAACCUCGCCCUCCACCUGCAGAUCCGUCGGUUCUGCCACUACGACCGCCGGUUGUGACAAUUAUGGGUCACGUUGAUCAUGGAAAGACGACCCUGCUUGAUUAUCUACGCAAAUCGUCUAUAGCAGCUCAGGAGCACGGCGGUAUCACACAGCGAAUCGGUGCCUUUUCUGUGAAGCUCUCCUCCGGGUUGCCCAUCACCUUUCUUGACACCCCCGGACACGCUGCUUUCCUUACGAUGCGCCAACGAGGUGCCUAUGUGACGGAUAUUGUCGUCUUGGUCGUAGCCGCGGACGACAGCGUCAAGCCACAAACAAUUGAAGCUAUUAAACAUGCGCGCGCGGCUAAGGUGCCGAUGAUUGUGGCUAUAAGCAAAAUUGAUACGGAUGGCGCCCGUAUAGAUCAGGUUAAGCAUGACCUUGCGCGUGAAGGAGUUGAGAUCGAAGACUUUGGUGGAGACGUCCAAGUUGUCUGCGUGAGUGGCAAGACGGGCCAGGGUAUGGAAGACUUGGAAGAGAACAUCCUUCUGCUCUCUGAAAUCUUGGACCAUCGAGCUGAACUCGACGGCCCCGCAGAAGGUUGGGUCCUCGAGAGUAGCCUUAAGCCCUUAGGGAAGGCCGCCACCGUUCUAGUCAAGCGAGGUACUCUGCGACCGGGUGACUAUAUCGCAGCUGGUGUCACGUGGGCAAAGAUCCGACACCUGCGCAACGAGGCUGGUCUUGAUAUAGACGAGGCGCCGCCUGGCACUCCGGUCGAAAUCUUAGGCUGGAAAGAUCUUCCUGCCGCAGGCGACCAAGUUAUCCAGGCACCCGACGAGGGUCGUGCUAAAGAUGCGGUAGAGUACCGCGAGGGUCUUCUCGAGCGGGAGAAAGACGCUAUCGCUCAGGCAAGUAUAUCUGAGGCUCGCAAAGCACUCCAAGAAAAACGUGCUCGCGAGAAGGCCGCCGCAGCUGACGAAGCGGUUGUCGAGCCCCUACCCGAAGAAGAUAACGGCCCGAAGACGGUCAACUUCGUAGUCAAGGGCGAUCUCCACGGCUCCGUGGAAGCAGUAUGCGCCGCGAUCCAGGAGCUAGGCAAUCACGAGGUGCAGCCGCGCAUCCUGCGGUCAGGCACGGGCCCCAUCCGCGAGUUCGACAUAGAGCAUGCGGCAGCGUCGAAUUCGGUGAUUGUUAACUUCGCUACGACGACGCCGGGAUACAUCGAGCAGAUGGCAGAGGAGAAGGGGGUGAAGAUCAUGGACCAUACUGUUAUCUAUCAUUUGGUGGACGACAUCAAGGCCACUUUGAGCAAGUACCUGGAGCCUGAGAUCACUAGCCGCGUGCUGGGCGAGGCGGAGGUGCUGCAAGUCUUCCCGAUCAAUAUUAAGGGCCGCACGUAUAAGAAUAUUGCCGGGUGUAGGGUGCGCAACGGGCAGGUGGCGAGGAAUAAUCUCUUCCGUAUUAUCAGGGGUGGGAAGAAGAUUUAUGACGGCAAACUUGAAACCCUAAAGCAUCUCAAGAAGGAUGUGGCGGAGGUGCGCAGGGGCACCGAGUGCGGUAUCGGCUUCGACGAGUUCCAGGACUUCCGGGUCGGCGACCAGAUUCAGGCUUACGAGGAGGUUAGGACCGAGCGCAGCUUUUGAGUGACUAACCUAGUCGGCUAUAGCGACGAUUAUUAGAAGCUGGAGGGAGGUUGCAUGAGAGGUUUAACUACCUUAGGUAGUUAGCCUAGAAAUAAACUAUGGAACGCCUUGUAUGAUAUGGGUGUAUAUGAACAUGGAUAGACGGUGCACUGCAUAUCGGGGGCUGGUCACGUUCAUAUAUAUAUAUAUAUAUAUACAUCGGUAGAAGAAAAGAGCAUAUGGAACUAGGCAGGACAUGAUGGGGACUUGGGGGCGGUACUCGUUUCCCGUCAGUUGUACCAUAUUGGGCCGAGUAAUGUAUCUAGGCAGGCAUUGCCUACUCGGGUGCUUGUACAUAUGGAUUUGCAUGUGGUAUUGUCGUGUAUAUAUACACCUGUCAACUCUCUCCAAUUGGAAAUGGCCUCGAUGAAAUGCGGAAUAUAACAAUAUACUUGCAACUUAGGUAUGUAUGUAUUCUUCUAGUUCCA